AUGGAAAAUAUACCAAAUUCACCAAAAACAAAUUUGAGCUAUCAACUCUUCUUGUAUCGUGAAGAACUACGUAAACGUAAUUCACAAUAUUUGAGACUCUCCAAGAAGAAAUUUGAAAUAACUGAUGAACUUAUUACGCAGAAGGUUAGUAAUCUAAACGAAUGCACUCCAGAGGAUAUAAAGACCAUAAACCAAGAGUUGGAAUUUAAACGUAAGCUGAAGUUGGAAAUAUAUCGUACGCGCAAACUUAUGAAUUUGGGUAUGAAAAAUGUUGGCCCGAAUACACCAAGCACCGAACUUUAA